UCAUUCCAUUCUGUUAUCUCUCGUUUCUAGUCGGCAAACCGAUAAGAACAAAAUACGUGGAAAACAGAAUCAAGAGCUCUGUAUCAUCUUCUUCAAACAAAAUCCACAAAUUAUCUUAAUUAAUUUUUCAUCAUGUCCAAGUUAGAACGCAAUGAAAUUCUACUUUUAUUUGAUGUCGAUGGUACUCUUACAUUUCCACGUACCGUCAUUACACCCGAAUUCGAAGAAUUCUUUUACUCCAAAGUACAACCCCGAGCAACAAUUGGCAUUGUUGGUGGUUCUGAUUUGGAAAAGAUGUUCGAACAAUUGAAUGGUAAGAAGAUUUUAGAGAAAUUCGACUUUAUAUUCCCAGAAAAUGGUCUGGUUCAGAUCGAAGCUGGCAAAGAAGUUGGCAAGCAAUCCAUUCAAGAGCAUUUGGGUGAGAAAACUUUGCAACGGUUCAUCAACUACGUUUUGAGAUAUCUCUCCGAAUUGGAAUUGCCAAUUAAGAGAGGAACAUUCCUCGAAUUUCGCAAUGGCAUGAUGAAUAUCUGUCCAAUCGGCCGUCAAUGCACCAGAGAAGAGCGAAAUAUGUUUGCCGAAUAUGAUAACCAACAUGGCGUACGAAAGGCAAUGAUAAACGCUCUGACGCGUGAAUUCAGUGACAUUGAUCUGACCUAUAGCAUUGGGGGACAGAUAAGUUUUGAUGUUUUUCCACAUGGGUGGGAUAAGACCUAUUGCCUUCGACACAUCGAAAAAUUCCACAAUUUCGAAGAGAUUCACUUCUUCGGCGAUAAGACCGAACCAGGCGGCAAUGAUUACGAGAUCUUUGUUGAUCCACGGACAAUUGAACAUAAAGUUGAAACUCCCGAUGAUACUAGAAGAAUUCUAACCGAACUACUCGGUCUGUAAAAACGGAUUUAAUGUCAAACAAAACUAUUUAACUGCAUUUGCUAGCAUUUGAGAAACACAAACAUUCUAAUAGAAAAUCGCUUUAAUUUUUAUUAAGUUUAUAAAAAUAAAACUAUACUUUUAAAAA